AACUCAAAAUUCCUCAGAUUCGACACUCGCGUGAUAAACCCUAACCCUAAUUUUAGUCCCAAAAAUCUUGUAUUAGUGUAUUACCCUCCUCUAUCCCUGUUCUACCCUCUGGUUUUUCAAUGGGGGAAGAGCAGGAGCUCCCGCCGAUUCCCGAAACCUUCCUCUACGAAACUCUCCCUCCACUUUCCUCCUCCACCGCCGCCGUCGAUAAAUCUCCACCUUCCGACCACCACGAACCACUCUCAGUUUUCCGCAGCGAAAUUUCCCUCUCCACCGUCCAUUGCGCUUCGCCCGAUUCCGCCGCCCCCGAUUUCUUCUCCCUCGAUGUCGCCGGCGAAGAUUCCCCCGGCCGAGACCCCCUCCCCGAGCCGGUCACGCUAUCUGAGCCUAAGACACCAGCUCUUGCCCCUAAGCCGACGCUCGAGAGCAAUUGGUUUCGCGGGGAUUGCAAAUUCAGGAGCCCCAUGCUUCAGCUGCAUAAAGAGAUAGUGGAUUUUUGUGAGUUUUUGUCACCUACUCCAGAAGAGAAAGCUGCACGCGACAUGGCAAUAGCAUCUGUUUCUGAUGUCAUAAAACAUAUAUGGCCUCAUUGCCAGGUUGAAGUUUUUGGGUCUUUCAGGACAGGGCUGUAUCUUCCGACUAGUGAUAUUGAUGUUGUGAUUCUGAAAGCAGGCUUACCAAACCCGCAAAUGGGUUUGAAUGCAAUUUCUAGAUCAUUGUCACAAAGGGGCAUAGCUAAAAAGAUACAGGUCAUUGGAAAAGCUCGCGUGCCAAUUAUUAAAUUUGUUGAGAAGAGGAGUGGUGUUGCAUUUGAUAUCAGUUUUGAUAUAGACAAUGGACCCAAAGCUGCUGAGUAUAUUCAGGAAGCAGUAGCUAAGUGGCCGCCACUACGACCAUUGUGUUUGAUUUUGAAAGUAUUUUUGCAACAAAGAGAACUUAAUGAGGUGUAUUCUGGUGGGAUUGGUUCUUAUGCUCUCCUUGCCAUGUUGAUGGCAAUGUUGCGGAAUCUCCGUCAGAGUCAAGUUUCAGCGGAACACAACUUGGGGCUCCUUUUGGUGCAUUUUUUUGAUUUCUAUGGACGCAAAUUGAACACAGCAGAUGUUGGUGUCUCUUGUAAUGGGGCAGGCACCUUUUUCCGAAAGAGUAGUAAAGGGUUUGCCAACAAAGGACGACCAUUUCUUAUCGGCAUUGAGGAUCCACAGGCACCGGAGAAUGACGUCGGGAAGAACUCCUAUAAUUAUUUCCAGAUAAGGUCAGCUUUCGCGAUGGCUUUCUCUACUUUGACAGAUCCCAAGAUCAUUCUGAGCUUAGGACCGAAAAGGAGCAUUCUUGGUACUAUAAUUAGACCAGACCCUAACUUGAUAGAGCGUAAAGGGGGGUUGAACGGGGAGGUGACUUUUAAUAGUUUGCUUCCUGGUGCUGGCGAGCCAAUACAACAAAAGUUUGGAGAGCAGGAUAUGUUAUGCAAUUGGCAGUUAGAUGAUGAAGAAGAACUGUUGCCACGGGGUGUUGACACUAGUGCAGAGCCCAGCAGACGCUCAAACUCAACAAAAAAGGAUGUUGACACUAGUGCAGAGCCUAGCACACACUCGAACUCAACAAAAAAGAGAAAAUCUGCAUCUAAGAAAAGUUCUAGUAAGAAGUUAAAGGAAAAUGGGGAUAUUCGGCACAUAGCAGAAAAAGAGAACGGUAUAAAGAAAAAGAGCAAAAAGAUGAUAAAAUCUUAUUAGACCUUGAGGCCAAUUGCUGAGAGUUUAUUACAGGAAAAUUGUUGGGGACUAUAAUUUGAUCAGCUCAUUCAGAAAAUGCUAUCUUGAGGCCGAAUGUUACCACCAUAUGACCCAAGGUUUGAUUUGGAUCCCUGCCCCGCAUAAGAGCCUCCAGCCCUCUAGUGUAUUGGAAUCACGUACAUGAUUUGUUGAAUUUCUUUUUUCUUUGGAGUUCCAUGUUCAAUUUUACUAGAGAACUCUGGAAACCAAAAUUCAAUUUUGUUAGUGUCUUGUACCAUAAUGUAUAAGCUAGACGUGAAUUGGUCACCUUAUAUUAUAAGUCAAAAGCUUUGGAAUUUUGUGUAAUUCAAUCUCUGCUGAACAUACUGACUUUCUAGUAUAUUUAGUUAUUUACUGAACAUUUUUGUUCUCAA